UUUUUUUUUUCCAAAAUAUUUGGCAAAUGCCUUUUCAUUGCCGCUCGGUCUCCGCAAACCCAAAAUCAAAACCAAAAUCUAAUCAUACAAAGCCCAGAAAGGACAUGGCAUAUCAUCAUCAUUCACAGCCACCAAGCUCAAAUCCGAAAAAAAAAAACGAACAAACCCAUCCUUCAAAAUAAUAUCCCGUAUGCUCCAGGUGGAUAAAGUAGGGGGCGCGAGGAGUAGAGAAGUAGGAUCAAACCUAUUCAAGACCGGGAAUCGUUACACUCCGAGUCCUUGGACUUCGACCAUCGUGUGAGAGCGGGGAGCGCAAGCGCAUACCCAUCCCUGCCACGCAGCUUCUCUUGCGAGAUGGGUGACGACGAAAGACGGGUACAACAACUUUGCUCGCCAACAACGCCCACAUCAACGAAUCGAAAUGCAGAGGGAAAGGGAGGGGGCAGGAGGGUGAAGGAGCGGGAAGAAGGGAAGCGGACGACCGAGCAGGCGAAAAAAAUAAAACAAAAUAAAAUCAAAAAAGCAAUCAGAACAGGAUGCCAAUAGGCAGACAAAACGGUAGACAGCGGGCAAAAGCCCGUACAAAAUCCCAGCGCCGUCUAUACCCUUUUUUUUGGUGUGCAAACAACUGUAAAACAAUCAUAAUCCUGUAAACCCAAGCAACCGCUUUAAAAGAAAAAAAGAGAUAAACGAAACCCAAGCUCGACCCAAUGCACCGACCGCCAUGCAAAAAAAAAAAAAAAAAAAAAAAAAAAAAGAAAGAAAGACAGAAAGGAAAGGGAAGG